CUCUCUGCAAGAUUCAACUUUACAGAUUUUAGGACUAAAUUGUUAAGUCAAAUCUACCAGUUAUUACCAUUGUUUUGAGUUUUCAGAAUUCAUGGAUCUUGCAAGUGAUAAGACUCCUGGAGCAACUGGAAUGAAUGGGCCAGUUGAAUUAAUAGUUGCAUACGGUCACCGACUAAAAUUACAUCGCGUCAAUUCUAAAGACAAACUAAACAAUGCCUUUGUAUCAAACACCGUUGACCACGAAAAGAAACGAAGCGUUAGCAAAUUGCCGAGAGUGAAAAAAGCCCCAUUGUACUCAAACGUUGACAAAAAUGCUGCUAAACCUUUUGUACAUUUGGACAAUUCCGGAGACACUAUAGCAGGGCCUAGCAAACCAAAACAUUUGCCACAAAGAACGAGGAGACCUAGUCCACGGAGUGAACCAGAGAAGACGAAGCCCAGUCACAUACCCAGGCGUAAAACUGGCUCAGUGAGCCCAACCCCAAAACACAAUACAAGCAGACCAGACAGCAGCUACUUUGGAAGCGACUCUCCAAGAAUACAGAGACUUCAAGUGCCUAAUAUUCCGGACUUCCACCAAGAUGACCACAUACCUACAACAUCAAGACCGAUUCCGACCCUAGGCCAGAUUUACAGACGCAACAAUAUCAUCAUAGAUGGAGAUAGAUUUUACGAUUGGUUCAUGGAAUUAGACACUCCAGUGAAUUCAUUGGAGUCCAAUCCGAGGAAUACACAGCGAUCGUCGACUGACAGCGCUGAUACUGCUCAAAGUGUAAUUAAUGUCGAAAUCAACAAGCCGUGUUUUGGUGAAACCGUAAAACCCAAAGUGGUGUUUGGCGCCAACGUUUACAAAACGACGAAUGACAACAUCAGCAACUGGCUCUCAAGCGAACUUGAGUACCCCAAUAAAGACAAUGAAUCUGGCUAUCGCUCAAUGAGCCCACACAGCCGCGGAGCGAUUAAUAUUGAAUCUAAAUCCGACGAAAAUGUGAAACAGUCCAAUGAAAAUUAUUGUUUAGGUUUGGCCAAAACCAGCGAGUAUACAGAACCCAGUGAGAGGGAAGCGAGCAACGAAAACAACAUUGGGGAGCCUUUUGAAAACGCCGCCUUUGAGCCAAGCGAUACGGCAGUAAAGGACAUGCCUUUAGUGGAGCAGCCGACCGUGGUCAUCUCGAGAUUACACGACGAAGACGAGCCGGGGUCCGUUUUCGCGGGCCGGAGUGUCAACAAGGUCGACAAGGGCUUAGGACCGAUUGUUAUAUGCAGAUCUGAAUUCAGCAAGAACCUUCAAUUUCCGUCGAUGACAGUGGCAGACUCAAAAGAUGAAAAGCAAGCCUUUGCUCCUUCGUACGUGGAAUGUCCGUCCGAGAUUCUGCAAAAAACGACUAACUUUGAAGGAGAUGGCAUCGAAUCCCCAAAAACCCUUAGCAGCCUCGCUUGCACUGACUUAGAAAUUCAUGACGACUACUCAAGCCAGUACACCUUGGAGAACGUUGACGACUGCAACCUCGAAGACCAGGCCACCACCGCCUGGUGUCCUGCCUGUAGGUCGCAGAGCUGCAUGACCUUUAUCAAGUCCGAGGAGUCUGAAAACACUGCCUUGCAGAACUCCUUCUGUGGCUGUCGCGGGGAUAAGAGCGAAGUGAAGGCUUCAGUUGUUGAUUCAGAUAGUAAAAUCCACCGUGAAAAACUUAAGUACUGCCGCCUCUGCGGGAGGAGAAACUCGCUGACCCUCCACGGUGACGUCAGGAAGUACUGCAAGAAGCACUCCAGAUACCGGCGGUUCCCCAGCUAUAGAUACAAAAUUGCAAGACCUUUCGACACUCUACGCAAGCACCUAUCCAUAACUCGCAUAUGCAGGCACCGCUGGAACCACGUGUGGAAAAAAACCGCCGCCAGGUGGGCCCACAGGUCCAAGUCACAUUCGAAACUUGGAAAGUUUCGUAUGCUCGAAUACCUUCAAAGUUCUAUCAUCUGGGAGGACGUGGAUGUCCAGACACUGACACUUGUGUACAGAGAAACGGGGACUCAUACCAAUGUAAUGCAACAAAAAUCAGCCGGUAUUAGCGCAUUCAUCAAGCAAUGUACAUCUGCAAAGAAAACUGACACGGGUGGAGUAGGCACUUCUGCGAAAAGUUUCAAGUCAAGAUUCAAGCAAAUUAAUCUUGGUCCUUCCAGAUUUCCCUUCUUUUAUAAUUCAAAACGGAAGUCGAUGCCGUUGAAGAAAGUUGACGAGUCGUCCAAAACGAUCCACCGGUUUUUCAGCUACCCAGAGAACCAGAAUAAAUUCGUGGAAGCGGUCGAAUCCACGCGCUCUCGGAAUGACAACUUCUCAAAAUGA